AUGCACCUCCGGAGACGAGCGGUUCUACUUCUGGUACUUGUAAGCUGCUUCGCAGAUGACCCCGAGGUGGACCUGACACUAACCACUCAGCCACUGGUGCGACGAGAGGCAAAGAGUGCUGACUCGGACUUGGAAGAGCGCUUGGCCAAUGCCCUCGAAGUGGCCAAAGUGGCUGAAGCUGCGGCUGCCAGAGCUUCAGUGAUGGUAGCCGCGCAGGAUCGAAGGCUUGACCUUGCGGAUGAAAAGAUCUACGAGCUUGAGAAGGAAAAUGCCGCGCAGAAACAGGAGCUUCAAGAUGUUCAAGGAACGUUCGCAACAGUGAACUCCAACGUCAAUGAAGCCAUGAAUCAGACCAAUGUCACUGCUGUAAGGCUUGAGGCAGAAUUGGCAGGCAUUCAGCUUCAAGACGGCCAGCUGAAGGCAAAAGAUGAGAUCCUGGAGCGAGUCGUCAAGGAUGUCGAGAGCAAAGUGAUCGAAUUUGGGACCGAAGCCGUGACUGCGGAGAACACUGCGGAGCAUGCACAGAAGGAUGCCAGCAAAGCGAGGAAUUCUUCGGACCUGCUAAAGGCCAGGGAAGCCAACCUGAAGUACGAAGUCGACGAUCUUGGUACAACGUUGGACGAGGUUUUGAAAGACCAAAACACAUCCCGAAAAGCGGUGCAGAAGUUGCUUUCACGUACGGAGAAUCUUGGCAAGACCAUGCUGAAGAUCAGCCGCAACUUGAAAAAGUUUGAUGGCAGCCUCAGCAAGGCAGUGAGACAAGCUGUGGAGUCGGACAAGCUUGCUAAGAUGGCCAAGGAGGAAGCCGACGACGCACUGGAUGAUGUAGAGGCCGUGCCUGGUUUUGGUGGAGGCUACAGCCGUGUUUCAAGCGAAGUGGGUGACAGAAUUCCGGGGCCUCCUGCUCCUGAAAACACUCGGAUUGUGACGCGUUCACAGGCUUCGCAGUCGUCGAGCUCGCGCCCGCAAUCUGCCUCGCCAAGCCCAAGCCGCCCAAGCGGCCAAAGCGGCCAAAGCAGUCAGAGUGUUCAAAGCGAGGAAGCUGCGCCGGUUCGUACAGUUGUCUCAAGUGCAGCGAAGGCCUUUGAUGCGACGACAGCUGCUGUAGCUGCAAAGCAGCAUGCAAAAGCUGCGUGGGAGGCUGUCAAGCAGAUUCAGGCGCAAAAUGCCAAGACGAGACCCGUGUAUGAGGUGGCCUCCAUGACUGGCGACUUGAUUCAGAUAACCAAAGGCCCUCCAGGCCCGCAAGGCGUGCCUGGCGAAAAGGGAGCAGUUGGUGCAAAAGGGAAGGCUGGUCCUCCUGGCCUGGCACUCCGAACACCGCCUGCUGACCUCGACUCCACAGAAGAGUCCAACUCGUCCAACUCAACGCAAGCCGCAGUUAAGGCAAACGAAGCUGCGCUCAAGAAAGACAGGGAGCUAGAAAUUGCUUCAACUCUGCUGCAGCUGUCGGCUGUCACCAAAGCAAAGCCGCCAGGCGACCUUUCUGCACGAGCGUGGAACAAAAAGAAAAAGCUCAAGGAUGGGGCCUCUGCUGUUCUGAAUUUUCAAGCUUCCAAGAGAUUGCGUGUGUCAUGGAGCGUGGUGAAGGCAAAGGCGAAGGCGCAAGCCACUGCAGAAGCAGCUGCUGCUUGGCUUACAAGCUUGCUUGCCAUGUGGCAGAGCCGCUCUCAGUUUGCUGCUUCAGGCAGCAUCCGCGAGCGUGCCAGCCGAAGACUCCUCUUGACAGAGCGCAUCCAGACAGGAUGCGUUGAUGGCUACAUAGACAAGGACGAACUGUAUUACGUUCUUGACAGAGUCGGCACAUUCAAGAAGGCUAGAUGGUCCAACCUGCCUGAGACCCUGGACCGGCUUCUUGCAGGCUUGGAUACCAAUGGAGACGGCUUUGUGGACGUAGAUGAGUUUCUGGACUGGGUCCUGCUGGACAAAACCGAAGUGUCGUCGCUUCAUACACUGCAAACACGGCACAUCUUCCUUUCGGCUGAAGAUGAGGCCCGAAUGGAGAGGAUUGCUCUCUUCGAUUUGGAAUGCAAGGAGAACAACGUUAUCCUGACUGAAGCUGGCCUUUGUGAGCUGACAGAUCCGAAGCUCCUGCUGCUGUCAGUGGGCUCUUCCUCCACACAGGCGUAUGAUGCCGCUGGCUUGUCGGUGUCAGUGCCAACUGGGACAAAGGUCGUCAACGGCAAAGCUCUGCAGGAUUUGAUUUCUGGCAUAAAACGGUCUGCGUUGGGCUACCAGCAGAUUGUGCUCAUCAACUCCAUUGGGUAUUUUCUCAAACCAAACGACCCGGUUUUGGUGGAUCUCCAAGAGCUUGCCGCAAGAAGCUCAGCAGAGAGCGCUGCUCAACGCUUCCACGUUGCCUUGAAGGAGGCCUUCCCGUUGGCGCAGAGACGCGUGUACAACAGAGCGAAGGACCCUCAGACGAAGCGCUACAAGUUUCCGCAGCUCCUCAAUGACUUCAGCUUGUCGUUGACCAAGGGAUGCGGCCUUCCCGAAGAAGGUUUUGACUUCCAUCCGGACAUCAUUGUGGAUUGGGGUGGUUCGUCCUACAAGGUGUUUAUGGAUGGCAAGCGUAUCGGGACGGAGGUGAUGGAUGCGAAUGCCUUCCUUUGCGAUGGGGACACUCUUCUAAGAGAGCGUCUUCCAGUCGCAAUCAAAGAGAUUGAAGCUUGUGUUUUAGCCCUCUUGCGAAGAGAGAUGCCCGAGCACAGCGCCCACAAGAAGGUGCUGAUUGCACAGACUGGAAAGGCCCGGGAGCUUGCCAUGCGAAGCCGCGGUCUCAGUGAGUUCAGGGUGGCUGAGGUGGUCUUCCUGGGCCAGUGCGGCACUGGUAAGACAGCCUUGAUACGCCAAUUCGUGAACAGGACCUUCGAUCCACAUUAUACAGCUACGAUUGGCAUGGAUUUUGUUGCGAAGGUGAUCAGCCUCGAGGGCCGCCAAGUCCGCCUGCAGCUCUGGGACACAGCUGGCCAAGAGAGAUUCCGGGCAUUAAUGCCCAGUUAUCUCCGAGAUAGCUCGGCCUGUGUUGUCGUGUACGACGUAACUUCAAGAGAGUCCUUCGAUAGUGUGGGCAGCUGGGUGGAGCUGGCUCUCGAGGGAAGAUCUCGUCGAGAUCUGCUGCUUGUUCUGGUGGGGAACAAGAUUGACCUGGAGGCGCAGAGAUGCGUGCAGUUCUCCGAAGGCGAGGCUUUGGCCAAGGAACUGAACAUGCUCUUCUUCGAGGCUUCCCCUGCGCAAUGGUAG